AUGGCCUUCACCAUCCAGUUCGUCCGCGAGUUCAUCCGUCUCGGUCUCACCCGAUCCGUGGGAGGGGUGCUGGCCCUCGCCUUCUCCCGAGAGCUGAGCCCCGUCGUCACAUCAAUCGUCGUAGCUGGCCGCGUCGGCAGCGCCUUUGCGGCGGAGCUCGGCACUAUGCAGGUAUCCGAGCAGAUGGAUACUCUCCGCGUGCUUGGUGCAAGCCCCGUCGACUACCUCGUGACUCCAAGGGUAAUCGCUUGCUGCAUAGCUCUCCCUGUGCUCACCUUGCUCUGCUUCACGGUGGGGCUGGCUUCUAGCGCGCUGCUCGCGGACGGUAUAUACGGGAUAAGCGCCAACAUUAUCCUGGACUCUGCGCAGCGGGCUCUGCGGCCCUGGGACAUAGUGAGCGCCAUGAUCAAGUCACAGGUGUUCGGCGCUAUCAUAGCCGUGGUGAGCUGUUCCUGGGGCGUGACAACCAUCGGCGGAGCCAAAGGUGUCGGCGAAUCUACGACUUCGGCGGUGGUCAUAUCUCUCGUCAGCAUCUUUAUUGCUGAUUUUGCUCUCUCGUACUGCUUCUUCCAAGGUGCCGGGGACUCCCUCAAGCAUGCCAUGGGCUAG